AUGGGCCCUCAACGUCGAUUGGGAAUCUACAUUGGUUUUGAUUUACCAUCCAUUAUUCGGUAUUUAGAACCCAUGACGGGUGAAACCUUCACUGCACAGUUUGUAGAUUGCCAUUUUGAUGAGACAAUAUUCCCGUCGUUAGGGGGAGAUAAGACUGUUCCAAAUGAACGUCAUGAAUUAAUGUGGACUGUACCUACUAUAUCUCAUCUUGAUCCUCGUACUAAAGAAAGUGAAAUUGAAGUACGAAGGAUUCUGCACCUUCAAAAUAUUGCUAACACAAUGCCUGAUGCAUUCACUGACACAGCAAAAGUGACAAGAUCACAUAUCCCAGCAAUAAAUGCAUCGGCAAGAAUUAAUGUCCAAAUUGGACAAAAUAAUGUGGCAGCCAAUGAACCAUCUGCUGCACGCCUGAAGCGUGGCAGACCUGUAGGUUCAAAAGAUUCAGUUCCUAGAAAGAGAAAAUCAAAGACACAUCUGAAUCCUAAUGAAAUCGCCCCUGAAGAGAAUAUUGGGCAAGACAUUAAUGUCCGAUCCACAAUUCAUGAUUCUGUGACUACAGAAGAGGAAAAUGACAUCGGUGAGACACUAACCCAUGAAGAGGCUCAGGUACCUGAAAAUAAGGAAUUUUCGUAA